AUGGCUCCAACUGUCGGUAUACAAGAAAUACAACCCGAGCAAAAUCCAACGGCUAAAUUAACAUUACUAUACAACAAGCACCAACAGGUGGAUACACAGGAAGAAAAAGCAUUGCCAUUGCGAAGGUAA